UUAAAAAAAUCCCACAUCGCUAAUCACGCGUUUAUUUCCCCUAUUUCUCUCUCUCUAUACCUAUAUUUAGAGUUUCAGAAAAUUACUCAGAUUUCAGAUUCAUUCCGUUACAAAUUUUAAUAACUAUCCAAUUACGAUUCCCUUUCUGUUUUUCCCCCAAAUUUUAAUUAAUUAAUUAAUAUAUAUAUAUCAAUAUAUAUUCCUAUAUAUACACAUUCGUACCUGAAAAUUCUUGUUCUUCCAUUUUCUUCAUCAAAUAAUGGGUUUCAAAUCUCUCUUCGCAAGGAAAAACAAGAAAUCAGAUUCUUCUUCGGUUCAAAAUCACAAUGUGGAUCAUCACACCACGCUGGAUAUUCCUCUUGGAUCUCGAUCUCACUCUGUCAAUGCACGCGAUCAGAUCGCCGAACUCGAACAGGUGUUUAAGAAAUUCGACGUUAAUGGCGAUGGAAAGAUCUCUUCUGCUGAGCUCGGUGCUAUUAUGGGAAGCUUAGGGGAAUCUUCGACCGAAGAAGAGCUUCAGAAGAUGAUUAAGGAGGUUGAUGCUGAUGGCGAUGGAUUCAUUGAUUUAAGCGAGUUUAUUGAGCUUAAUACCAAAGGUGUCGAUUCUGAUGAGGUUUUGGAGAAUCUGAAAGUUGCGUUCUCAGUUUAUGAUAUUGACGGAAACGGCUCUAUUUCUGCGGAGGAGCUUUUUGAGGUUCUGAAAAGCCUCGGUGAUGAUUGUUCCAUCGCUGAGUGUCGGAAGAUGAUCAACGGCGUCGAUUGCGACGGUGACGGUAUGAUUAGCUUUGAUGAGUUUAAGCUUAUGAUGAUGAUGGGUUCGCGUUUCGAUUCCAUGGAAUCGCAGCGAUUGAAGAAUUAAUUCAAUUUUAAUUUCAUUAUUAAUGUCAUAAUUAAUUACUUUUCUAUAAUUUUAGGCUUUUUUUUUUUUAAUUUUUAUUUCCUUUUUCUGAAUUCUCUAAUAUUUUUUUUAGUUUUAGGGAAUUUUUUUAUUGUUUUUUAAUUUCGGUUGGGUAAUGGAAUUGUGAAUAUUUUGCAUAUUUAGAUAUAAUAUAUAUAAUAUUUUUUAAUGGUAAUCUAACGACUUUCCCA